AUCAACAAUCCUUCCAGGCGAGAGUUCUAUAGCGGCCAAGACAUGUCGUUGUUCGGCAAGAUAUUUGGAGGAGGAGGAAAAGGGGGAAAGGGACCGAGUCCACAGGAGGCGAUCCAGAAACUCCGUGAGACGGAGGAGAUGCUAACCAAGAAGCAGGAAUUUUUGGAGAAAAAGAUCGAGCAGGAGCUGCAGAUCGCCAAGAAGAACGGCACGAAAAACAAGAGAGCGGCGCUGCAGGCCUUGAAAAGAAAGAAGAGGUACGAGAAGCAGCUGGCCCAGAUCGACGGCACGCUGUCGACCAUCGAGUUCCAGAGGGAGGCGCUGGAGAACGCCAACACCAACACGGAAGUGCUCAAGAACAUGGGCUUUGCCGCCAAGGCCAUGAAGUCCGCCCACGAGAACAUGGACAUCGACAAGGUGGACGACCUGAUGCAGGACAUCACGGAGCAGCAGGAGCUGGCUCAGGAGAUCUCUGACGCCAUUUCUAAACCCGUGGGAUUCGGGGAGGAGUUUGACGAGGACGAGCUGCUGGCGGAGCUGGAUGAGCUGGAGCAGGAGGAGCUGGACAAAAACCUGCUGGAGAUCGGUGGACCGGAGAACGUCCCCCUCCCCAAUGUGCCUUCGACCUCGUUACCUUCCAGACCUGCCAAGAAAGACGAAGACGAGGACGACAUGGAGGACCUGCAGCGCUGGGCGGAGGCCAUGUAGACGCGGCGUCCCCUCACAUCACACCCGCAUCUGGGAGAGGGAGGAGGGAGGAACGGAGGAAGAUGGAUGGAAUGAACUGAUGGGAUGUCGAGUGGUUCUUUGUGUGUGCGUGCGUGUCUCGAGGAGAGUUGAAGUCGUGUAACACUACGAAUAAGCAACAGUGCUGUACCUUUAUUAUUUUUCUCUUUACUUGUUUUGUCUCCUUAAGGAACGUGGCGACCCGGGGGGGCUCGCUCGCUCCCGACGAGCCGGCGAGGCUCUCCGUCUCGCCUAGUUGUUUUUAAACCCCUCUCCCUCCGAUUUUAAAACAGACCCCUUAAAGGUCCUGGAAGCAGCGUUUGAUUUGCCCAAAUGGGAUUGGUUGAUGUAGAGAACAUCACAGGCUGACCCGAGAGUUUUCACAGAAGCUAAAUCCGUAAAGAUCUUGUUCCGAGAUACGUAUUUGUGACGUUUAUUCCCCGAAUAUGUCCAACCCCCUCCUUAACUCCCUUUGUUUUGUUUUUUUAUUGCCUUUAAACUAGAAGCAUGCAGCGGAGGAGGAUUGUGCAGAAUCUGUGUGUUUGCAAGAAGCAUAACCUCUUAUUUAGUUUGAAGCUGCGGGGCUCUGACCCUCCUCUUUACCUCCAGUCAUCGUUUUAGCCUCAGAAGGCAUCCUCGCCAGUGGUUCUUGUUAUUCGGUGUAAAUAUCUCAAACGUAUUCUCUUUUUCAUACGGCGUGCGGGGAGGUCCGGCUGGUCGUGCGAAGCAUGCAGAGAAAAGGGAGGUCGCGAUUACAGAUCGAACCGCAACGCGCUGCGAAGAGAGUUGUUUAACCCGACACUAUCCAUCCUGCUCUGUCUGUCUUUGUCCUUCUCAUAAGAGUUUUGUUUCAAAUUGUAUAUUGUUAAAAGAAGAAGAAUAACAGUUAUAAUAAACUAUUGUCCCACCGUAUUAGUUGCAUCCAGAUGGGAAUGGGGAAUUUAGGAUUUCAGAUUUGUCAAGGCACUACAUCUCUAUUUUGGAGUUUAAAGGAUUCACUUUUGAAGUCACAACUUUUGUUUUGUUUUUUACAUUUAAAAGAGAAAAAACACAAAAAGGACGGAUGGGCAAGCAUGUUUGCAUUUCUAUGUUUUAUUUAUCCAGAUGAGAAUAUUAUUUGCAGAAUCAUUAAAAGUUUACAAUUCCUU